AUGGAAGCUGACUGGAACAGAACAUCAGUAGAUGAAUUCAUCUUGGUGGGACUCACUGAUAUCGCAUGGUUUCAGAAGGUCCUCUUUGUCAUCUUCUCUUUCUUGUAUCUGGUGAACCUAUUAGGCAAUUUCAUCAUCAUAUUUUUGGUUAUCAUAGAUCCCGCUCUUCAUACUCCAAUGUACUUUUUACUGGCUAAUCUUUCCAUUUUGGAUAUUUUUUACGCCUCUACUACAGUGCCCAAGAUGCUGGUUGGGUUACUGAUGGAGAACACCAUUUCCAUUAAAGGCUGUAUAACCCAACUGCAUUUCUUCCAUUUCCUGGGAUGCACCGAAGGCGUUAUCCUUGCAGCCAUGGGCUAUGACCGAUAUGUGGCCAUUUGCCAACCCUUAAGAUACGGUAUGAUUAUGGACAAAAGAGUCUGCAUUCAACUGGUUCUCAUAUCGUGGCUUACAGGACUCACUUAUGCAUCGAUUCAUUCAGUUAUGACAUCACAGCUGCCUUUUUGCACUUUUAACAAGGUCAGACAUUUCUUUUGUGAUGUUAAACCCGUCAUAAAGUUGGCCUGUACAGACAUCCGCCUCAAUGAAAUCAUGCUGACGGUUGUGAGUGGGUUUUUCAGCACAGGCACCUUUUUACUUACGAUGAUAUCCUACUGUUUCAUAGCCGUUCACUUAUUUAAAAUACAAUCCUCCCAAGGAAGGCGUAAAGCUUUUUCAACAUGUUCCUCGCACUUGACCAUCGUCACUCUGUUUUACGGGACGGCCAUGUGUACUUACCUAGGACCUGCUUCUGAAGACUCCAUAGAAAAGGACAAGGUGGCUGCCAUAUUGUUUACAGUCAUGACGCCAACGCUGAACCCACUUAUUUAUGCACUGAGGAACCAGGAAGUGAAAAAGUCUCUGAGAAAGUUCUUUAUCAAGUCAAACAUUGGAAGACUGAUGUCGUGCUAA